ACAUGCCAUGUUCUUUUUGCUCAUUUAAUUCCUCUUGGUCUUUAUCCAACGAUCCAUCUUGUCUUUUUGCAUUUCAUUUUAGGCGUGGUGGACGCUGGAUUUCUCGAUUGGUGAUACAAUGCAAGGAAUGGCCCGGGGCGGCGACUCACAGCAGGUUUCUCCCGAGGAAUUAUUCCAAGUCAUCAGCGACGCCACAUCUCAGCAAGAUCCACGGCGUGUCGAAACUUCUACUAAAAGGCUGAAGGAGCUUUUUCAACUACCUGGCGUAUAUGAUGCACUCCAUGAGAUCGCAGCGGCGAAAACACUUCCUUUGGCAAUCCGAAUUCAAGCAAGUAUACAGUUCAAAAACGAAGCAUUGAAAAAUUGGAAAUCAAGAAAGCUUCAAAAUGACCAGAAUCGAGCGAAUAUACGGGCACGAUGCAUGACGUUUCUUGACGAAAGAGAUGCAACGAUUGCAGACUGUAACAAGGUCUCUGUCGCUAGGAUCGCUCGGGCAGAUUUUCCGCAUGCCUGGCCCUCACUCAUCGACGACUUGAUGAGUGUAAUAGAUACUAAUCUACAGCAGCGCUACGUUGCAAAUAUGGAAUCCCCUCAAUCUAAUCUCGUACUUCAACGAGCACUACAACUUUUGUGUGGCGUUACGAAAGAAUUUGCGAGUAUGAAAAUGUUGAAUGGUAUCAAGGUCAUGAAGCAGAUAUUUGACCAUCUGUAUCAAACAAUAAACGCCUACUUCGUUAAGGUUUUUGAGAACAUCCAAUUGGCUCCAGAGCCCCAAGCUUUCGAAAACACUCGGUUGUACACUGACCUAGUCCUUUCCCACCUUCUUUUCAAAACUUUGGUGACCUUGGUUACUUGGAUUUGGCAACGGGUUAGCAAGAUAUCAGACGAAGAGAAACAAAUACUCGAGCCUUGGUUAACACAAGUUUUCCAUGAUUCUGUUCAACAAUUACAACGCCUUGUGGUCCAGCGCGCCGUAGUUACCCAGCUUCAACCUCAAGAUCCCUCGAACCUCAGUCCUCAAACGCUCAUGACGCAUCAGAUCCUCGCAAAACAUAUCCGCCGCUUUGGGAAGUUCUAUCUUCGGAUGGCUUCUGUUGAGCCUAGGCGAAUGGCAGUAUUGCCUGGCUGUAGCGACGCAGUAAUGUUCUAUUGGAGCCAGAUCGUGGAGGCUGCAAAUAAUCUUCCAGCCAUUAAAGAUGCCCCCUCGGCUUUAUAUCCUGUUCGAUUUCUGGUUCAAGGACUUGUUUUCUUCAAGGAUUUGGUUGGCCAAUGGACGACUCAUCGACGAGAUGGAUCGGCGAACAAAAAUGUGUUGACGGCAAAUUUCAUCGAUAAUGCUGUCAAAAUCAUCAUCACUCGUCUUCUACCUCUGACAAAAGAUGAUUUGGAAGGUCUGGAACAAGACCCCGAAGAAUGGGUCAAUGCGGAAGAGCAAGAGAAUCAGCAGUGGGGGUAUGAGCUUCGUCCAUGUAGCGAACGUGUUUUGGUGCAGAUAUCAAACCAAUAUCCUGAAUAUGUGACACCAUUGUUAAAGACAACUUUCGCCGAGGUUGCAGAUAAACCAGCUGCAGCGAUAGGGAUUGCGAACAAAGAGGCAUUGUAUUGCGCUGUCGGUCGAUGUUGUCAAAAGCUGAAAGGAGAAAUACCUUUCGAAGAUUGGGUCAACCGAAUCUUAACCGUUGAGGUGCAACUGCCUCCAAAUGACCAUUUCGUUUAUAUACUACAGCGAAGGAUUGCGUGGGUUCUCGGAAAGUGGAUGUCCGAGUCGUGUUGUUCUCCCAACAUCCCUACUAUCUGGCAAAUCUUGCUGCAUCUUCUCUCACAGCGAGGUCAAGGAUCGACGAUCAUUCGGCUAACGGCUGCUGUUGCGCUGCGGGAAGGUGUCGAUACUCUAGAUUUCGACCCUGACGGAUUUGCGCCUUUUCUUCCCCAGGCGGUCGCUCAGCUUAUGAGCCUGAUUGGCGAAGCGAACACUUUCGAUAGCAAGAGGAAAGUGGAUGAUGCGCUCAACGUGGUCAUCGAUAGAGCCGGGAAACAGAUCAUACCCCUUGUACCUUUGAUUACCGGUCCCAUCCCUGAACUCUGGAGGGAGGCAGAUGAUGAUUGGCUCUUCAAAAGUUCUCUCCUUGUGACAAUGACUAACGUCGUCAAGGCAAUUGGUCCGGAAUCGACCGCGUUAUCACACAUCAUAGUCCCGCUGGUGAAGGAAAGCAUGAGCCAAGGCUUCAAUCUUGACGGAGACGGCAGUAAUUUGUGGAGGGAGGCUAUGAGAAACACGCUUACAAUUGAUAAUCCUGGUCCCAAUGGAACUCUUGCUAGUCUUAUGGAUAUACUGGUACAUCAUCUGAAAACCAACUUAGAACUGCUCGGAACCAUGAUCAACAUCAUGGAGUCGUAUUUCGUUCUUGACCCUGCCCGCAUGUUACAGAUUGACGCUGUGGCCUUGCUUGAUGUUUUCCUUACUCUGCUCAAAGGUCCGGCACUUCAGCAAAACAAAAAGGAUGCACUUAGUGCACUGAGUCUUUUGAUUCAACUUUCUCCUGUACAAUUGUGGGGCGAAGCCAUGCAUAAGUCUGGUCUAUUUCCCUAUCUUUUAGAUAUUUUCAUGAUGGACAAGGAAGAGAAUACCCAAAUUCUUUGUGAGAUCGAAUACCUCCUCUCGCGCAUUGCGCUGUCGAACCCAGUGGCGCUCCUUCAGCUAAUAAAGGAUGCGACGCCACUUGUCGGAGUUGAAAGAACUGAAGAAUUGCACAAAGUACAUGUACCUAUGACUGAGGCGAAAGUAUAUGAUCUUUUCUUGGAUCGCUGGUGGGGCACCUUCGAUUAUAUGUCGGAACCCAGACAUCGAAAACUCGUGGCUAUGGGGACCGCUGCGCUUGUCAGCACUGGACAACCUGAAAUUCUUGGUCGCUUACAUUCCGAAAUUUUCAACCUUUGGAUGGAUGUAUUCGGUGAGAUCAGGGAGGCUCAGAAUCCCGUCACGACAGACGAGGAUGGACAAGAGGUGCCAUCGUACCUUACCCUUUACUGGGAAAAAAGUGAUGCACCUGCAUCUUACUAUCAAGGUUCAGAGGGCACACCUGAAUAUGAGCGACGGAAAGUAAUUUUUGAAUCAGAUCCCGUCCGUACGACGCAAUUGAGUACGUUUGUUGGCGGUAAACUACGUGAAGCCGAAGCCAAGACACCAAAUUUCCAGCAACAAUAUCUAAUAGGAGCUGAUCCUACGGUUCUUCAGCAAAUUCAGGCUGAGCUCCAUGCUUAAAUGCCGCUUAAACUUCAUACUAUCAUGUUGUCAAUCUCAUGUUACUUUUU